AGAUCACUCAGAUCGUAUAAGAAGAGUGCUCACGAUGCGCCAAGUGUCUAACCAUUCAGCAGAACAGCACAUCGACGAUCAUGGAUAAAAACAGCUUAAAAAUCGUCCUCGGGAUUUGCUUUUGUUUGACACUCGUGAGCAGCGAAACGCCCGACUGCAAAUGUCCGGGACCGGUAGCGCACUACGAGGAGCUCGGAUGCACACCGGUUUUCGAAAAACCCGGUGACUGUUGUGCCCAAAAAUACGAUUGCAGUAAACUCAAAAGCUUGCCCACUCACAAGUGCGUUAUUAACGAUCAUGAAUACGAAAUUGGGGAACAUCUCAAAGACGAGGACGCUAACCCUUGUGACAUCGGAUGUUUCUGUGCUGACGGUCCAGGCGGGCCGAGAUUCACCUGCGCUAUCGUCGAUUGUUUCCAUGGCCCAGUAACCCCCGGUUGCUAUCUCCCACACAAUGCUACAGAUUGUUGUGCCGGGCCCGAAGUGUGUCCUGCGAAAGACGAAGAUCGUGCAACUUGCAUCGUCGAUGGAAAGACUUAUAGAGAUGGAGAAUAUUUCGAGCCAGCUGGAGAACCGCACAAAUCUUGUUAUUGCGCUGCUGGAUACGCCGGGGAGAACGUCGAGCCGUUCUGCGUUACGCUGAAACAUCCUUGUGGAAUAAUGUUACAUCACGCGGACGUAAUUCGUGAAAACUGUGUUCCAACUUAUUAUUUCAAUCAGUCACCGCAAACCGACUGUAGCGUGGCCUACAGAUGCCAGAAUGAGAAGGACGCUGUGAUCCCAAAACCCGCGGGCGAAGCGAAAUCCGCGACUGACGCGACCGCGGAUCCCGACAUGCAGUGCACUUUUGGAAAUUUAACGAUGCAGCUCGGAGAUGAGCUGACUCAAGCAACGGAUUACAGCUCGGUGUGCGUAAAAUGUCUUUGCGAAGUGCCACCUUUACCGACCUGUCAACGACUGUCUGACGAAGAGUGCGACGUCACGAAACACCCGAAUUUCGAUAGCCGCUAAAGAAAAAUCCACGACUGUGAAUAACAGCCUGAAACUCAAUUUCGUGAUGUUAAAUAUAGUUACAAUAUUUAGAUCGUGCUAUUGCUGUGAACAAUUGUUUGAUCGACAAUGAUGCGAAUGAAGUUAUUUUAUUAAUGAUAAAAACACAAUCAGUAAGAAGAGAGUGAGAGUUUAAAUUGUAAAGAGAUUUUUAUAAAUACCACAAAUUUCAAGCUUAA